AUGGCAAACGUUGCUUCUCCUGAACAGAAUCAAAACCACUGCUCAGAGGAGGCCAAUAGCACCAUCCCGCUGACUCAAGGCAGCCUCCCCACUCUGACCUUGUCUGGAAAAAUUCGAGUCACCGUAACUUUUUUCCUUUUUCUACUCUCUACAAUAUUUAACGCUUCUUUCUUGUUGAAACUUCAGAAAUGGACUCAGAAGAAAGUGAAAGAGAAAAAGCUCUCAAGAAUGAAGGUGCUUUUAAAACACCUGACCUUAGCCAACCUGUUUGAGACUUUAAUUGUUAUGCCACUGGAUGGGAUGUGGAAUAUUACAGUACAAUGGUAUGCUGGAGAACUCCUUUGCAAAGUCCUCAGUUAUCUCAAACUUUUUUCUAUGUAUGUCCCAGCCUUCAUGAUGGUAGUGAUCAGUCUGGACCGCUCCUUGGCCAUCACCAAGCCCUUAGCCACGAAAACCAACAGCAAAUUUGUACAGUUCAUGAUAGGCUUGGCCUGGCUUCUCAGUAGUGUCUUUGCUGGACCACAGCUUUACAUCUUUCGGAUGAUUCAUUUAGCAGAUAACUCUGGACUAACAGAUGGUUUUUCUCAAUGUGUAACACACUGCAGUUUCCCACAAUGGUGGCAUCAAGCCUUUUAUAACUUAUUUACCUUCAGCUGCCUCUUCAUCAUCCCUCUUCUCAUCAUGGUGAUCUGUAAUGCAAAAAUCAUCUUUACCCUGACACAGGUUCUUCAUCAGGAUCCCCACAAACUAUACCUGAACCAAUCCAAGAACAACAUACCAAGAGCUCGACUGAGGACCUUGAAGAUGACAGUUGCAUUUGCCACUUCCUUCACUGUCUGCUGGACUCCUUACUAUGUCCUAGGAAUUUGGUAUUGGUUUGAUCCUGAAAUGGUAAACAAAGUGUCAGACCCAGUAAAUCACUUCUUCUUUCUCUUUGCUUUUUUAAAUCCAUGCUUUGAUCCACUUAUAUAUGGUUAUUUCUCUCUGUAA